CGACCUCUCCUCAUCUCGUCGCGCCGCGGGCCAUGGCGGCGCUGUGGAGGGGUUGCGGCCGGCUGCUGACGCGGUGGCCGGGGGCAGCGCAGGCGCUCACCGCCGGGGCCCUCAUGGGAGCUGGCGAUGUGAUUGCACAGCAGGUGGUGGAGAAGAGAGGGCUGCAGGGGCACCACGGCCCCCGGACCCUGAAGAUGAUGGUGAUCGGCUUCUGCUUUGUGGGUCCUGUUGUGGGUGGCUGGUACAAGAUCCUGGAUCAGCUCAUCCCAGGGACAACGAAAGUCGUGGCUGUGAAGAAGAUGGUCCUGGACCAGGGGGGCUUUGCACCGUGUUUCCUUGGCUGCUUCCUUGCCAUCACAGGAGCAAUGAAUGGUCUGUCAGUGGAGGAGAACUGGUCCAAGAUCCAGCAGGACUACACAGACGCCCUGCUGACCAACUACUGUAUCUGGCCACCGGUACAAAUAGCAAACUUCUACUUCGUGCCCCUGAAGCACAGGCUCGCCGUUGUCCAGUGCGUUGCUAUCGUCUGGAACUGCUACCUGUCCUGGAAAGCAAAUCGGAUGUGAGGUGGAAACCAUGUCACCUCCCAGCCUGCAUGCUGC